UUGGGUCCCCGCGGGGCGGUAACUCCGUAGCAAGUUCAUCCUGAUCUGGGACUCCGCGCGGGUGUCUUUUUUUGCAGCUCUGGGACAGGCGGGAGGCCACCAGAUCCCGCGCUCCGGUGGUCAUUCCAGCUGGGCAGAGCGAGGCGGCGGCGGAGAGCCGGGUCCCACCAUGGCCGCGAAUUACUCCAACACAGGCAGCAGAAAGGAACAUGUCAAGAUCACCUCUGACCCCCAGCCAGGCUUCCUGGAGCGGCUGAGCGAGACUUCGGGGGGAAUGUUCGUGGGGCUCAUGACCUUCCUCCUGUCCUUCUACUUAAUUUUCACCAAUGAGGGCCGGGCGCUGAAGACGGCCACCUCGCUGGCGGAGGGGCUCUCCCUUGUGGUGUCCCCCGAGAGCAUCCACAUGGUGGCCCCAGAGAACGAGGGGAGGCUGGUGCACAUCGUGGGGGCCCUGCGCACAUCCAAGCUCUUGUCUGAUCCAAACUACGGAGUCCACCUUCCGGCCGUGAAACUGCGCAGACACGUGGAGAUGUACCAGUGGGUGGAGACGGAGGAGUCCAGGGAGUACACGGAGGACGGGCAGACGAAGACGGAGACGAGGUACUCCUACAACACCGAGUGGCGGUCAGAAGUCGUCAGCAGCAGAAACUUCGACCGAGAGAUCGGCCACAAGAACCCCAGCGCGAUGGCAGUGGAGUCGUUCACGGCGACGGCCCCUUUUGUCCAGAUCGGCAGGUUCUUCCUCUCGGCAGGCCUCAUCGACAAGAUCGACAACUUCAAGCCCCUGAGCCUGGCCAAGCUGGAGGACCCCCACGUGGACAUCGUUCGCCGGGGCGACUUUUUCUACCACAGUGAGAACCCCAAGUACCCGGAGGUUGGAGACCUACGCGUCUUCUUUUCCUACGCGGGACUGAGCAGCGAUGACCCUGACCUGGGCCCAGCUCACGUGGUCACUGUGAUCGCCAGGCAGCGAGGUGACCAGCUCGUCCCGUACUCCACCAAGUCGGGGGACACCUUGCUGCUGCUGCAUCAUGGAGACUUCUCGGCAGAGGAGGCCUUCCGUAGGGAGCAGAAGAGCAACUCCAUGAGGACGUGGGGGCUGCGGGCGGCCGGCUGGAUGGCCAUGUUCACGGGCCUCAGCCUCAUGACGCGGAUCCUCUACACCCUGGUGGACUGGUUUCCUGUCCUCCGGGACCUGGUCAACAUCGGCCUCAAAGCUUUCGCCUUCUGCGUGGCCACCUCGCUGACCCUGCUGACCGUGGCUGCCGGCUGGCUCUUCUACCGGCCCCUCUGGGCCCUCCUCAUCAGCUGCCUGGCCCUGGUGCCCAUCCUCAUCGCCCGCACCCGGGUGCCAGCCAAGAAACUGGAGUGAGGAGGCCCUGGCCCCGCCGACACCCGCGUGGGCUCGGGGCCCGGGUCCCCUCACCUCUGCCCGGCGCUACCCGCACUGUGGGCUCCGCUCCCCUGUCCUCUGCCACAGGGCCCCGGAGCCGUGUGCAUGUUGGACUUGGGGUCCUUCUGUGCACAUGUCCCCGCCCCUUGUCUUGCCAGUCUGUCGCUUUGGUGGGCAGAAGCAGCUCAGGGACAGUGACCCCGCGGGCCCUGUCCGGCUUCCUUUCCCCUUCCCUUCCCUUGGGCCUGAGACGAUGUGGAGCAGCUCCACAGAGACCUGGUGACAAAGAGCUCAGCCUGGUCAUUGUCCUUUCUCAUCCCUGAGAACAAAUGCCACGGCCCCCGUCACACCCCCCGACCCCAAAGGCAUCCUGCACUGCUAGGCUGCACUGGGUGACCCGGAUGACACUGAGGCCCGGGGAAGUGGGUGUGCCCCAAACCAGGUCUGCAGACAGGACUCCGCUUGGAACUUCAACAGAAACCACCAAAGAGGUCCAGGGGAAAAUGGACGCUGUUGGGACUGCCAUCUAUUCUGUGGCUUGGGAGAAUCCUCUUAGUGCCCAGACCUGCCACGGUCCAACUUAGGUCUUCCUCUGUUACUUCCCUCCUUCCUGUGUCCCCUCCUGUCCCAACAAGGAGGUGUCUAAGGUUUAAAAAAAAA